AUGGCAGUUAAGUAUAGUACCAAGGUUUUGAAGCCCGUUUAUGAGGAACGUCGCGAGGCAACCAGGAACGUUCCUAAGUUUUGGCCUACUGUUUUGGACUCGAGCGAGCUUUUGGCCGAGUAUAUUACUUAUGAAGAUACAGAGGUGUUGGACCAUUUGGUGGAUUUGUACGUCGAAUGGGACGAGGACAAUGUCAAGAACUUCACUAUCCACUGGGAGUUUUCCGAAAACGAUUUCCUCGAGACUAACAAGGUGUCGAAACGUUUUGAGCUUGUUGAGGCCGAGAAGUCUGGAGAAGGUGAUGACGAGGACGACGAAGAUGCUGAAGACAGUUAUACAUCAACACCGGUGGCUCUUAAGUGGAAGAAGGGCAAGAACCUGACUAAACCCAAAGACGGCCGUGACACCAGUUUCUUCAACUGGUUCAGCUUCUCUGGCGAGGGUCCUGGCGACUAUAAAGGCGGUGAGAACAUUGCUGUGAUCAUUGCCGAAGAACUGUUCCCACACGCCCUCAAAUUCUUCGCCGACGCAUUCAGCGAGGGCGACCUUGCCGAGUACGAGCUCGACGACGAAGAAGACGACGACGAGGACGACGAAGUCGAGGGCGACGCCGAGCACGAGGACGCUCCUCCCCGCAAGAAGAGCAAGAACUAG